AUGAGUUUGAAUCCCAGGUUCACCAAACUGUCCCACUUAAAGGUUGGAUUUUGCUUCCCUAGUCAUAAAUAUGGACGCUGUUCUGGUUUCCGGGUUCUUCAGCGUUAUAAUGAGUUUGAGCUGCAGAAGGUGGUGGCUAACAUCGGGCCGGUCGCAGUAGGAAUUAAUGCUAACAAUUCCACAUUUUACCAUUACAAGACUGGUAUUUACAAUUACUGUUCUGAAGCUCAACCACUGAAUCACGCAGUUCUUGUGGUUGGAUAUGGAAAAGAAGAUGGGCAACAAUACUGGCUGGUCAAAAACAGUUGGGGUGUUAACUGGGGAGAAGGAGGAUAUAUGAGACUCCAGAGAAACAACAAUCAGUGUGGAAUCGGCAGCUACAGUGUCGUCCCCAUUGUAUAACCUCAGGAGAUUUUUCCUUUCCUUGCUGUAAUGAACUAAUUUUAUUCAUUAAUCUCUAAUAAAAUGUUAGUCUUCUGUACGUACGUAUGCAUGUACGCAACAUCUGGUAGUUGUGAUGAAAAAACAUUUCUGUUUUUAGAAUGAACAAAAUCCAGAGCUGCUUAUAUUGUAUACCAUGUGGUCCAUUCACCAGAUUAAUGUGAAAUAAAUGUUUGUUUUUAACAUUA